ACCCUUCCCUUACACCUCCCCCGAGUCAAGUGUCUGCGCCGUCGGAGGUGUCGGGAUCGGGGCGCCCGUCGCGCGGAUCCCGUCCUCCGGCUAGGCUUAGUCCUAGUCCCCCUAUGUCCAGACGGCGUGGCCACGCUGGACGGAGCGAUAGUGCAAAGCAUGGAGGGGGGCGUGGUUCUCGGGCUGCUCGCGCGGCGGCGCCGGCUCCGCCCCCUCCCUUGUGCACGCCUCUCUCUCUUCCCAUGUUACCAGCAGUUAGGCAGCAGCUUCACGUGGCCCAGGUACAUUGCUCUGCAGCGGCUGCUGCUUCUGGCUCUAGUGCCCAGCUGUUAGGGUCUGCUCCUACUACUCCCGUCCCUUGCCCCUUGCUUAGAGAUUCCCCACCCCCUACUUCUAUCUACAGCCCCCUUCUGGAUUCCUCUGCACCCACUGUUUCUGCCCCCAGUCCCCUACCAGUACGUUUGCCCCCUAGGGAUAUGGGCAACACCCAGCAGGCGUCUUCAUCCUCCUCAGUGUACGAGGGUGAGGCACUGGCAGGGGUCCUUCAGGGGCCCGCUGCAAUUGUUACUCCGUCCCCUGAUCCUUCUCCUGUGCCUUUAGAUGCUGCUGGGGGACUUGGGGCUCCUGUGGUUCCCGCUGCUAGUGUUGCUUUAUCUCCCCCCCAGCUUCCCAUUAUGGAUCAGCAAGCGGUUAUACUUCCCCAUACCGUGCAGCCGGAAGUUGCUGGCCCAUCUGGAGGGUGCAGGCGAUCUUCAUCUGGGUCCGCCAGGGGCUCUGCCCGUGAAAACCGUGGCGAGGCUAGCGGUUCCGGGAGGCGCCGCCGAGGUCGCAAGGGCCACGAAUCCAGAUAUCACAGUCAUCGAUGUCGGUCCAGGUCCUCCCGCUGGAGGUCCCCUUCCUCCUCAGAAUAUUCAUCCGAUAGCUCUAUGAGUCCAGAUAGGAGGUCACACCGACGUGGGUCUCGGCGGGGGAUUUCAAGAUCCUCCCGUCGUUCGACCUGCGGUGCUACACGCUCACACGAUGUCCCCAUUGCUGUUACGCCAUUGGAUCCAACGGGGCCGGCGGCCCCGCAUGUGAUUCCGGUUCCUGCCCCGGCAGUUGGAAUUCCGAGAGUUGUGUCCGGAUGCGGCAUUGGAGGGCCGGCAAUGCCCCUCUUUCCUUUGGGAGGUGGUGAGCAGAGAUUGAUGCCAUUGGUGUCCUCGUCAGUUACCCCGGCUACUUGGUCUGGACAUGGUUCUCGUUCUCCUGUUGUGGUUUUUCUGGGUCAUUCUUUCAUCUUUCGGGCUGGACAGAGAGCUGCUUGCAGGCCAGGUGGACAGUCCCUUGGUUUUCCCAAUGAUGUUCAAUGGAGAGGAAUCGGUGGACUCAAGUGGCUUCGGGUGCUGGUGGAGGCGGUGGGUAUUGCUCGUGUUGUCAAUUCCCCUGUGGUGCUUGUGAUUCAUGCGGGGGGCAAUGACCUUUGUUCCAUGAGAAUGGCUGAACUCAUUACUUUGAUGAAAGCGGAUGUUGAGAGGAUUCGGGAAUUUUUCAGGGAGAUGGUGGUAGUCUGGUCAGAAAUGGUUCCCAGGGUGACGUGGCAAGGGGCCAGGGAGGCUCAGGCUAUUGAAAAAGCUCGUCGUACAGUUAAUUCCCGUAUGGCGAGGUAUGUGAGGUCCAAAGGGGGUGUGGUAGUGAGACACAGGCAAUUGGAAGGUGAUAAUCGCCGGUUAAUGAUUGCGGAUGGUGUUCAUCUGAAUGACAUAGGCACUGAUAUUUUUCUGUCGGGGCUACAGGAUGGGGUGGAGCAGGCGUUAUUUCUCCUCGGUGGGGGUCGGAGUGCGGCUUAGUUCCUUGCCGAACUCCUCCGUGGCGGAGGAGAAAUUUGGAGGAGAUUUUCCUGGAGAGUAGAGUGUGAUGCCCGUCGAAGAGGGCGGCCGGCUGACCGCUUACCUUUGAGAGUGUUCAAUCAGAAGUUCGGAUAUAAAUGGUUUAUUUUAAUGGUUAUUAAAUAAACGCUGUGGCCAACCCCCAGUUGUCCAGCAAAAGUUAGAAGUGGUCAGUGUUUUUAUUAUAUCCAGCGAACAGUUAGAAACAUAAAUAAACUGAAGGUCACCUAUUGUCAGUCUGUUCGACGCCGCGCCAUUUAGGAGGCGGCGUCUCGGACUGGCAAGGAGGGGGUUAAAUAAAAGUUAGAAGAGAAGAAUAAAAUGAGGAGCUGGAGAAAUAGGGGGGGUGUAACCUAGAAGGGCAGGAGGACAGGGAUAGGCUAAGUUAACAGGAAGGGGAGGAGGAGUAAUAGGGGAUAAAAUGUGUUGUGAGGCUUCCGGCUUCCUCUUUGUGGAGUCCCCGGCAAGUGAGAAGAUGUCCCGCCCACCCACCCCUUAUACGUUCUGU